UAGCAACAAACAAUUGGCCUUGGCCUCUAGAAGACCUAAAAAUAGAACAAGUCACAGCUGACAAUUACUCAGUUAAGAUAUGUAUAGAGGCUCUACGCAAGGAACUACCACCAGCUCCUACUUUGCUGCUUAAUGCAAAAACCCCACAACAGGAGUUAAGC